AUGUUUUUGGACCCAAGCUUAACUUUUCAAAUGUGGAAUGCUAGGCCUUCAUUGGUAAGUUUACCUCCAAUGGCCGACCAGAGAAUGGACAUUUCUUCAACAAUCAGUGACUUCAUGUCCCCAGGUGCCACCGACCUCCUCUCCAGCCCUCUGGGCACCGGUGGCGUGGAUUGCAACCGGAAACGCAAGGGCAGCUCCACAGACUACCAUUAUAUUCUCUUUUGUUUUCUCAGAGAAAGCAUGGACACAGACAAAGAUGACCCUCACGGAAGGUUAGAAUACACAGAGCACCAAGGAAGAAUCAAAAAUGCAAGGGAAGCUCACAGUCAGAUUGAAAAGAGGCGUCGGGAUAAAAUGAACAGUUUUAUUGAUGAACUGGCUUCUUUGGUACCAACGUGCAACGCAAUGUCUAGGAAAUUAGAUAAACUUACUGUGCUGAGGAUGGCUGUUCAGCACAUGAAAACAUUACGAGGUGCCACCAAUCCAUACACAGAAGCAAACUACAAGCCGACUUUUCUGUCAGAUGAUGAAUUGAAACACCUUAUUCUCAGGGCAGCAGAUGGAUUUUUGUUUGUCGUAGGAUGUGACCGAGGGAAGAUCCUCUUUGUGUCAGAGUCUGUCUUCAAGAUCCUCAACUACAGCCAGAAUGAUCUGAUUGGUCAGAGUCUGUUUGACUACCUGCACCCUAAAGAUAUCGCCAAAGUCAAGGAACAGCUCUCCUCUUCCGACACCGCGCCCCGGGAGCGGCUCAUAGACGCAAAAACUGGACUUCCAGUUAAAACAGAUAUAACCCCUGGGCCAUCUCGAUUAUGUUCUGGAGCACGGCGUUCUUUCUUCUGUAGGAUGAAGUGUAACAGGCCUUCAGUAAAAGUGGAAGACAAGGAUUUCCCCUCCACCUGCUCCAAGAAAAAAGCAGAUCGAAAAAGCUUCUGCACAAUCCACAGCACAGGCUAUCUGAAAAGCUGGCCGCCCACAAAGAUGGGGCUGGAUGAAGACAACGAGCCAGACAACGAGGGGUGUAAUCUCAGCUGCCUUGUCGCCAUCGGACGGCUGCACUCUCACAUGCUUCCACAGCCGGCAAACGGGGAAAUCAGGGUGAAAUCAAUGGAGUAUGUCUCCCGGCACGCGAUAGAUGGGAAGUUUGUUUUUGUAGACCAGAGGGCAACAGCUAUUUUGGCAUAUUUACCACAAGAACUUCUAGGCACGUCGUGUUAUGAGUAUUUCCAUCAAGACGACAUAGGACAUCUCGCAGAAUGUCAUAGGCAGGUUUUACAGACAAGAGAAAAAAUUACCACUAAUUGCUACAAGUUUAAAAUCAAAGAUGGUUCUUUCAUCACACUACGGAGUCGGUGGUUCAGUUUCAUGAACCCUUGGACCAAGGAAGUAGAGUACAUUGUCUCCACCAACACCGUUGUUUUAGCCAACGUCCUGGAAGGCGGGGACCCCAGCUUCCCGCAGCUCACAGCGUCCCCCCACAGCAUGGACAGCAUGCUGCCCUCUGGAGAAGGUGGCCCGAAGAGGACCCACCCCACUGUUCCAGGGAUUCCAGGGGGAACCAGGGCUGGGGCAGGAAAAAUAGGUCGCAUGAUUGCUGAGGAAAUCAUGGAAAUCCACAGGAUAAGAGGGUCAUCGCCUUCCAGCUGUGGCUCCAGCCCAUUGAACAUCACAAGUACACCUCCCCCUGAUGCCUCUUCUCCAGGAGGCAAGAAGAUUUUAAAUGGAGGGACUCCAGACAUUCCUUCCAGUGGCCUACUACCAGGGCAGGCUCAGGAGAAUCCAGGCUAUCCAUAUUCUGAUAGUUCUUCUAUUCUUGGUGAAAACCCUCACAUAGGCAUAGACAUGAUAGACAACGAUCAAGGCUCAAGUAGUCCCAGUAAUGAUGAAGCAGCAAUGGCUGUCAUAAUGAGCCUCUUGGAAGCAGAUGCUGGGCUUGGUGGGCCUGUUGACUUUAGCGACUUGCCAUGGCCGCUGUAA